AUGGCAGACGACGAGAUUGCCGCUCCCCCCUACGACGCGGUGUGGAAGCCCAACUCCAAAGAGGUGACCCAACAGGCUCCCGAGCGUGUCUAUGGUCUCGCGGCUCGAUGUGACCCAUCUGUCUCCUUUGAGGAGUACAGGCACUGGGCUAAAAUUGAGCGUGAGGAAGAAGAGGAGAACAACCGGGUCUACACGGAAGAGCGUGGUACCUUGACUUUCGCAAAGGUUAUCAAGAACCGUUUCUCCAAGGGUGUUCAUCACGAGAACAAGAAGAAGGAGCAACGCGCGAUUGAGGCGAGCGCACAGAACUCAAGUGAAGAUGAAUAUUCUGACAAGAAGGGUGCCGAUACUACAGUGACUGCAGCUAGCUUGGACCCAGAGUGGAAGACUGCUGCCCGUGCCCUGCGCACAGCCAGUUGGGGAACUAUUUUCUUUUUGAUCACUACUGAUAUUCUGGGAUGGUCUUCUUGCCCAUUCGUCUACGCAAGUCUUGGAUACGGCCCGGCCACAGCUCUCUACAUCAUCUUCGGUAUUGCCGCUGGUAUCAGUGGCUGGAUUCUCUGGACCGUCUUCUUGAACCUCGACUCAUCCCGUUACCCCAUGCUGAGCUUUGGCGAUACCUACUUCCGCAUCUUCGGUCCUAACUGGCGCCAUUUCAUCAAUGUCACUCAGUCGCUUCAACAAUUCAUGUCAGUCGCCGUACUCAUUCUGGGUAAUGCGACAACCCUGUCUCAGCUUGCCGACGAGAAGAUUUGCUUCGUUGUCUGCAUGAUUAUCUGUAUGGUCGUCGGCAUGUUCCUCGGAGGCAUUCGCAGUCUGCAACGCCUGGGUUGGUUGACCAAUGUCAGCGUGUGGAUUAACAUUGUCAGCUUUAUCAUCAUUAUGGUCUCCGCUGCCAACUACUUGCCCGACUACUCCGCCGUUACCUCGGCAACUCUGAUCAAGGCUGUUGGACCCAUCAAGACCUUCGCUGGUCCCCCACCAUCCGAAUACCAGCAGCAGGGCGCUGGCUUCGUCGGUCAAUUCAAUGGUGUCGAUGAGCUUGUUUACUCUUACGGUGGUGCUAUUCUCUUCGUUGCCUUCUUGGCUGAGAUGCGUCACCCUAUGGACUUCUGGAAGGGUAUGAUGAUUGCCCAGGCUUUCAUCUGUGUCGUUUACAUCGUCUUCGGUGCUUUCGUUUACCACUUCUGGGGCCAGUACUCCUCAUCCUCUAUCAACACUUCCGUCAACCCAUACGGUCUCCAGCUUGCUGGUAAUAUUUUGAGUUUGAUCGUCAGUUUCAUUGCAUGUGUCCUUUACUUCAACGUCGGUAUGAAGACCAUCUACCUCGAGGUUGGACAGGAAGUCCUCGGCUUCCCCGACAUUGCCAGCCGCAAGGGUCGCUACUUGUGGUACGGCCUGGGCCCUCUUUACUGGAUCCUUGCCUUCAUUGUUGCUGCCGCAGUGCCCAACUUCAACGGUAUCGUCAGUCUGGUCGGUUCUCUGCUCAUUCUGAACUUCACAUACACUCUCCCUGCUCUGCUCUACGUUGGGUACCGUUGCCAGUGUGAUGCUGCCCUUCCAGGUGAAGGAUUUGAUCCCGUCACCGGCGUUACUACCCGUCAUGACAGUGGCGUGACCCGAUGGGUGCGUGCAUACAAGAAGAGCUGGAUCAUCAACACUCUUUGUGUUUUCUACUUCCUUGGUGGUCUGGCCACAUCCGGCAUGGGUUCCUGGGCUGCUAUUGAGGGUCUUAUUUCCGUCUUCGGCCCUGGUGGUACCGUGGCGACCUCUUUCGGAUGUGCCGUCCCUGUUUAA